UUUAUAACCACUCCUCGAUUUUAAGAAUGAACAAUGAAAUGAUUAAAUAGUUAUCUUAAAACUCUUAUGAGACCUCGGUCCCGCGUGCUUACAAAAAACCAGAUAAUCAGAGAGAAUUUCGCCAAACAUAUUAAUUGGCCAAUCACUUAUGCGAACGCCAGUAGGUCGCAAGCCAAAGGUGGGGGUCAUUAGCAUUCUUGAUUCCAUACACCUUUUUUCCACUGGCCUGGAGCUCGCGCCCAAAGGUCAAGAACUUGACUUUCAGUUGCCGGCCAAGAAUGGCACUUUACGGUCGAUUUGUUUUUGUACGGAUGAUGAAACUUUCGGCGCUGGUUUUAUGGCUCAUUUAUGGCCAUAAAACACUGGCUAAAUCGCCGCAGGAACGGAUCAUAGGUGGUGUGGAACUGCCCAUUCACCUGUCGCCCUGGUUGGCUUCAUUGAGUGUGAAUGGAAACUAUAGUUGCAGCUCGGCCUUGAUUACAACUCAGUGGCUUGUGACGGCGGGACAUUGUGUUUACUAUCCGGGUAGAUACAUGCUUCGAGCAGGGUCCGCAUAUGCUGAUGAGGGUGGUCAGGAGAGGGAUGUGGCCAGGAUCAUCCUCCAUCCGGAGUUCAAAAUACGAACUUUGGACAACGACAUUGCCUUGUUGAGGACUAGUAAGUCCUUCCGUUUGGGAGGAAACGUUCAACUGGUAAAGCUUCCACUGCCAGGACUCAGUGUCCUUCCCCGGAAUCUUUUGGUUGCCGGUUGGGGCACAGUAAGUGCCAACGACAGUGACUCGUCACCACGGCUACGUGGCACACUGGUGGAGGCCAUAGAUCAAAGACGCUGUCGCCGACUGUACUUCCACCUGAACCGGCCAAUAACGGACAACAUGCUGUGUGCUGCGGCCGCUGGAAGGGAUCACUGCUACGGGGACUCAGGAGCUCCUUUGGUGCAUCGCGGCAGCAGCUAUGGAAUCGUCUCCUUUGCCCAUGGCUGUGCUGAUGCACAUUUUCCGGGCGUCUACACCCGGUUGGCCAACUAUGUGACCUGGAUCUUCAACGUCCUGGAAGCGGACAAUGAAAUUAACAUAAAUGGCAUGGAGUAA